AUGCGGUGCCUGCACAGUGCGGUUAAAACGGCUUGGGGCUUUCGCGAAAGUUUUAAGCACGGAAUCCCGGGCUUCGAGGAACCAUUGGCGGAAGUGGACGUGACAAUGUUCCACCCUUGGCUGGGAAGAGGUGGGGCGGGCGUGGCAGAGGCACAAGAAGAGGUGGGGGCGGUCGAAGCAGAGGCAGUGGCUGCGGGCGCGGCAAAGGUACAUGAGGAGGUGGAAGCGAUCGAGGCAAAAGAGGAGGUGGAAGCGGUCGAGGCAAAAGAGGAGGUGGAAGUGGUAGAGGGAGAGGAGGUGGGGAAGGACGCUGCAGAAGAGGCGACACCGGGGGGGUGGGGGCUCAGUAACAAUGGGGGCCGCCUCGAGAGCAAGUGCAGGCCGAGCGGGAUGCUUCAAACGAAAGACGGCGGCAAGAAGAGGAGAAAAAAGAGGAAAUCUGCGGGAAAUGCUUGGGAGACUCCACGAAGCACCUCUA